UAUGAGUGACAAUAAAGGAAGAGGUGGAUCUUCAAGGGGUGGUAAUCAAGGAAAGUCCAGAGGUGGAUCUCACGGAGAGCAUCGUGGUGGGCAUUCAGGAAGAGGAAAUCCCUCAGGAAACACCAAAGGUGGAUCACAAGGUGGCAGGAAUUUUCCUAGGGGUGGCAGUCAAGGACAUUCCAGUGGAGGACAGCGUCCAGGGCAAGAGAACUUCAGGUCUGGAAUAAAUUCUAGCUGUUUUCCAAGGCAGCCCACAGGUCUCAAUGUAAAUCAACCGAUUAGACAGCCAUCUCUACUUGGAAUGCCAUCACCAAUACAACAUCCUUUCAGAGGCCCAUCUCCAAUAGGAAAUCCAAAUAUGUAUCAACAGCCACCCCAACAAAUAAGAGGGUUGCAUUUCAUAGGGCAGCAGCCCAGCUAUGAAAUGCAGCCUGCUUAUCCUCCACGGGUUCCCCCACCCCCGUUGCUACCACCAAAACAUGAGACCUCGGCUUCAGCUGGUUCAGCAAAGAUUGUUGCCAAGCACCCAGUGACAGCUUUAAAUGAAAUGAAGACCCAAGUCAGUUACAAGGACUGCCCUACCAAUAAUGACUUUGUGUGUGUGGUUGCGGAGGUUGAUGGCAGAACUUAUGAAGGAUAUGCAUUGACAAAGAAAGAAGCAAAGAAAAAGGCAGCGGAAGAGGCCUUGAAGAUCCUUUUCAAUAUCAUCUGUGUGGAAGCUGAAGGCUCAAAAGAAGAACAGGGACCCAAGGAAAGUAAAGAAAAAAGUGCUAAAUCAAAAGCAAAACAGGAAAAGAAAGAAGAGCGUGAUGAAGAGAAAAUCCUCAAUGAAACAUUAGAGCACCUUAAGAAGCUAACCAUGCCUGGUGUGAAUGUUGUUAGUGAUAAACCACCACUAGCUCAAGACAAGAAACAAGGAACACAAAGUAGAAACAGGCAGAGAGAGCAACAGGAAAGAGAAAACACUGAAAUUGUUAUGGAUGGGUGGAACGCAGAUAGUGGUGGAAGGGAAGAGUCCCAGGCUCAGAGAGGAAGAGGUAGAGGUGGAAGAAGGAGAAGAAGAGGAAAAGGAGGAACAGGUGCACUGGAAGAUGGAGAAGAAAUGCCAGAGGAGGGUGAUGUGGGCAAUGACUCUGAUAAUGAAAGUGUGUCCAGCUUUGUUUCAGAGUCAAGUAGAGGUCGUGGUAACAGGAGAAGAGGCAGAGGAAGAAAUGCUCCUAGUCAAUCCAAUGAUGAUAGAGAUUCCUAUCAAAGGAAUGACUCUGACAAUGAAAGUGUGAGCAGUCGGAGUUCACAGCCUGCAAGGGGUAGGAGUGAAAGGGGAGUCAGAGGCAGGGGUAGAGGUGGCAGGGGUGGUAAUACGGAGAGAAGUGACAGAGGUCAGGAGUCUAGCCAAGACGGUAUAACGGAGCAGCCCAGCCGUGAAUUUGAGGACGAUGCAGAUGUAAGCUUCUCAGAAUCUAAAGUAUUCAAAUUCCUGGUGAGGGAAAUGGGUGGAUGUGCCAGUGUAUCAAAAUUCAAAGAGGAAUAUUCUCCCUUGCCAUCAAAUUUUGAUGAGUGGAUAAUGGAGCCAAAGAAGCGACUAUCAAUUUACAAAAGGAACCACAAACCUUUAUUUAUUAGACCCUUCCUCAUCAAUGCUACAGUGUGUGUUGAUCAUAUGGGUUUUGGAGGAAAUAAGAAAUGUAACCGUAAGGAUUGCAACCAUUUUCAUAUUUGUAACUUCUUCUUGAAUGGAUGGUGCAAACGUGGUUUCAAAUGUAGAAAAGGGCAUACAUUUACAAAAGGUCACAAUAGGGUCUUGAAAGCAAAACUAGGCCUUAAUCCUUUUAAAGAUGCAGAAAUAAAAACUAUUGUACAAUGCAGGUAUCCCCAGAUUUGCCACAAAAAAAGGUGCCCAGAGGGUGAUGAUUGUCCUUAUCUUCAUAUUUGCUAUAACUACAUUCGAGAUAAGUGUGAAGAUUCUGACUGUCCACGAGGACAUGAUUUAGAGACUCCACACAACUUGUGGGUUCUGUCAUGGUAUAGGAUGGACAAGUGGACCAAAGAAAAAUUAGCCCUGCUGAAAUUUCUCAUCAAUAUGCCACGAAAACCAAGAAGCAAAAAGAAUCCAGGUGAUGGGGCAUCCACUGUUGAUGUUGCUGAAUGCAUGAGUAAUGUGGAUGAAUUAGAUUUGUCUGAUGACAUGGAGGAUGAUGAUGAUGAAGAAGAUGAUGAUGUUGAGGAGGAGGAGGAGACAGAUGAGGAAGAGGAAAAGGUUAUUUACGAUAGGAGUUAUGAAAGAAACAUUCCAGUGCCAACAGAAGAGGUCUCCACCCAGAGGAGAAGACUAGAUAGAAAAGACAGAUGGGCUGCUGGUGUGGAGGACACGGAAUUCCUGGAUGUUGCUAGAAAUCCAGACACUGAGGCAUCCAUUCCAGAUAAUAUUGCACAGGAAGUGACAUCUAAAAGUAUAACAGACAAGGAUGCCCACAAAAAAGACAUCUGUGUCAGUAGUUUGUUGGCAACCUGCCAGGAAAGGAACUGUGAUAAACACCACACCCGGCUCCCCUACCUCUGGCAGAUCCGUAUCUAUGGAGACUGGGUCAGCUUUGAUGAUGAAGAAAACCAGAAACUGGAAAAAAGCUACUGCAGUCUAGAAGACAUGGAAGGGGGAGAAGUGGAAUAUCAAGAGAGGAAAUACAGAGUUCACAUGAAGUUUAAUGAAGAAAAGGGAGUAGUGUAUGAGAUAAUCCACGGAGAGGAGCCACUGAGUACACAAGACGUUCUUGCCAUUAGGCGGCUGUCUACCGCGUCCUUUGCCAAGGAGAAGAAGCCAUUAGCUGCGGGGUCAUUCCACACCCAGUGGAGGUGGUACUAUCAGGAUGACGCCAAUCGGUGGAUUCUGUAUGACAAGGAAAGAUUCCAGUAUACAUUAGAGAAGAAAUAUGUCAUGGGACAAAAGAGUUACCUUUUUACUAGAGAAAGCUACCGAUUUAAGUAUCGGAUAGAUUUCACAGGUUUUCAGCAGAUGAAUAUUGAUACAGCUAAAGUUCGCAAGAUUCUUCGUCGACCAGUGUUUCUCUCCCUUGCUGAUGUGGCAGCAAAAUCAUUUCCACCAUACCUUGCAGUAUCACAUCCAGGCCCCAAACCCCCAGGUUGGGCCCCAUGGGAUUUGGCACAUGAUUUUGAAUUGGUGGAUUUGGAAGAAUCUAACAAAGAGUUCAGGGAUGUCAAGUCUUCUUUCUUCAGUACACUCAAGGAGGAGAAUUUUCAGAUCUGCAAUAUUUAUCGCGUACAGAAUCUGGAGCUUUGGAAUGAGUACAAAAUGAAGAAAACCAAUAUGGAAAGAAUCAAUGAGGCUAGAGGUGGAAGUGUUGAUGAGAGAAGUUUAUUUCAUGGCACAGAUUCCAUUGACACUUGUUAUGGAAUUUGUACCAACAAUUUUGAUUUUAGAUUGAGUGGAAAAAAUGCCACUAUGUAUGGCCAAGGGUCAUACUUUGCUACCACUUCUAAGUACAGCAAUUGCUACACAAGAGGUCCAUUGCGCCUGAUGUUAAAAGCCAAGGUUCUGAUUGGUAGUUAUACCAAAGGGGAAAGGGACAUGAAAUGUCCUCCCAACAUCCCAGGGGAAGGUCACAAGAGGUAUGAUUCUUGUGUAGAUAACAUGGCCAACCCUACAAUAUUUGUUGUUUUUGAUAGAAACCAGAGCUACCCAGAAUACUUGAUAGCAUAUAAGGAGAAAGAUGAUGAUUCUAUUUCAUCUGCUUCCAAUCCUGCUCCAUUUUCAAUGUCUGCGAGCAGGCCAACGUCUUUGGGAGCAACUGCUGGCAGCUUCAAUCCAUUGCCUGCUAAUGUAUAUUCUGGUAAUGCCCAGAAUUUUUCUAGCAGUGCCUCAAACUCUUCUAAUGUUGCUCAGGCUUACCCAAGCAGAGCCUACACUCAAGCAAGCAGUGCUCAGAAUGCUGGUGCUCAACCUUCUGUAAGGAUAGGACAGGUGUACAGCAAUCCUUAUCUGUCAUCUCCAACUUCACCUUCAGAUUUACCUGCUUCUCAGGUAAGCCCAUUAGAAUCGCCAGGUCUCUCUUACCGGACUUCUUCUGGGCGUGUAGAAAGGAUGGAUUAUCCAGAACGGAAGAAGACGGAUGACAAGUGCAGCAUCCAAUAAACACGAGGAAGGAUAACUGCAUCAUCUUUUGCUAUGGAUAGGGAAAACCUUUUUAUACCAAGGAACUUAACAUUUCAAUAUAUUUUUGUUCUCAGUCUUGUAUUUUUGAUUACUUGUAGGUCUUUAAAAACAUCUUUGUUAUGGAUGAAUUUGUACAUAAGGUAGUAUAAUUAAUUGGUAAUUUAGGAUCUUUUGUUUUUAGAUCCCACCAGUGUCAUGAAACAACAUGAUAUGUUUUUGGUUUCUUUUUUUGAUCAUAUGAGAGGGCAAAAUCUGAUAAUUCAGAUAUUGGUGGAGUCAUAGGAUCAGAAUACAAAUCACUUAUUAGAUGAAUGUAUAGAAAUCUUAAACAAAUGAUGGGUUCAAUCGUUUUUUCAAUCGGAAUGAUAAUUACUUUAAGCAAGCUGAACAAACUUGCUUCCAUUGCUAAUGAAAAUGGGAAUCAUUAUGAAUCAAAAUAGAGGCAACCAUGGCCAACAUUAGCAAUGGUGAGUAUAGUAUAUGCCAGGAGUUGUGUUGAUAUUGUAAACUUUGUCAGCCAUUUUAAGCUGCACAGGGUGUACUUGCUUGUACUGAAAUCAUUGGUAAAAGAAAAUACAAAACAUAUUCAUAUGUGAAUACAUGUGUCAUAUUAUUUUGUAUUUUUCACUCAUGCUUAUAUUUUUCCCAAUGAAGGUUCAAGAUGGAAACAUAGGGUUGAUGUAAACAAAUGUAUAUUUUACAUUAGACAUGAAGUACUAGAGUAAUUACCGGUAUUUCAGUCUGAUUAUGUACAUAUAAAAUACAAUUCAGUGAUUUGUUGCAUUGUGAUACAUGUAUAGGGUUAUGCGAUACAAUACACAUGUAUGUGCCAUAAAAGGUGAAUAUUACAUUGAUUAAUUACCGGUAUGUCUUUAUGAUAUAAUCAGUAAUGAUGUACAUGUACUAUAUAUUUAAAAUAUCUAAAUGAUAUUUUUUGUAAUGAACUUGAUUAUGUGGACAUUGAAGCAGAUCAGAUAGUGGUAGUACCUCAAGAAAGAAGAGACACCACUAGAUGGACGAUUUCAUUUGGAUAUCAGAAAAACAGAUUCUCUCCUGAAUAAUACAGAUGAUACCAAAAUAGAUCAUAGAACUCGGUAAGGAUACAUACUUCUCGGAUUCAUAGAGGGGAAUAAGGAGAUAGAAUCUGUCACCAUGACCUUGAAUGGUACAGUCAUGACACCUCUUGCACAACUUUAUAGAUUCAUGCAGGAUUCUUAUGGCUUUUGGAAGGACUUGUUUAUAAUUCUAUAUCUUUUGGACCUUAAAAGUCCAAAAUGGUUCACAUUCCAUUGUAGCAAAAGUACACAACAUUAUACACGUACAUGUAUUCUACUUUAUUUUGUAAUCGGUGGUGAAUCAAUGAUGUGGAAUUUUACUGAAGUUUUGGAUGCUGGCUUUUUCUUAUGAUUCCAUUUAUUUAUUUCCCUAUAAAGGUCCAGCAACAGUAAUUUUAAAGUUGCUCAUCAAUUUUGAAAUUCACAAUGUCCUCACAUUUAGUUAAGUGGUAGCUACCCAGUAAUAACUAGGAAUAUAUUAUCUAGACCCUGGACCAAGGUCAUUUUGAGCAUGCAAGGUCACAGAGAUUGCAAAGUUUAUGUUUUAUCCAUAGUUUUUGAAUACUAAAUGAGAAACAUUAUUUCCUAUGUAGCUUUGGUUGGUUACAAAGCCGGGGGUAAAUUUCCGUACACCUGACUUAAGCCGGGGGUAAAUAACGUGACGUCACAAUGCAUAGUUUAUGAUAAAAAGCAAAUAACAUGACGUCACGAUGCAUUGUAAGACGUAGUAAAUCUUAUUGAUAGCUUGAAACACAGUUGAUUGGACUUGUUUCCAUAUAAUUUAUUUGGGUACAAAGGAAAUAAAUUUGUUAUCCAGAUCCAAUCAAGGGUGUAUGGGGAU